AAGGGCUACGGGCUGGCUCGCUGCAAUCUCUCACGAUGCUCACGAUGCGUCGGAUGAUAUUUCAUCCUAGGAAGAAAAGGUUAGGAAUGCAAUCUAGCUGCCUUAGGGAAAGCUGCCAUUGGUCUAGUUCGUUCGUGUUAUGAAUCUGUUAAAAGUAAAAGAAUGAUCUCAAAGGAAAAUUUGCCUCAGUUGUGGGAGGAAAUUCUACUUAUUCGAAUAGAUAAAUUGAGAAAAAGAAAAAGAAAAUCAAGGAGAUCGUAGAAAGAUGGCAGGAGGGUUGAAGGAAUCUACACUGCCCAAACGAUGUCUGCUACGCCAAUUUUCAAACGACUUAUACUCCUGUUCAAUUCUAAGAAUAAUUAAUAAACGUCCCCAAGGAAAGUCCCCUCGCUGCACAGUGGCAAAUGUAGGUAGAAGAAGAUGGACACAUAUUUUAUAUUCAAAACAUAAAAAUAUAUAAAGUAUCUCAUUUUGAGAUUGUUUGUUAAAAAAAUAAGACAUUCGUAAAAAAAGUCUAAAUUAAUUCAGCCAACUAUUUACUGUAAGCACUUGCAUAACUAUAACUAUCACCAUUUUGGUACAAUUUUGAAUACAGUUACACGAUUUUUUGUUGUUUGUAACAUUUGUCUAUGUGCUUAACCAUCACAAGAGUAAACCAUCAGAUGAGUUAGUUGAACAAAAACAAAGACAACAUCAUCGUCGUCCUCAUCUGGUCGCUGUGCUUGGAGGUAGAUAGAUGAGAAAAACGUUUUUCAUUUUGGAUCGAGCUCGAGUUUCUUCCUCCAUAGCCUUCUCUUAGACAGCUCAAAUACUUUGUUGCACGUAGGACACACAGGAUUUUAACCAGUUGCACAGUAAUGAAAAUCCUUCCCAGAUCAUUACAUUCCUACUUCUCUAGACCCCCAUGAACCCCUAUGGCAGCAGUAUUAUCUGUUUGAUCGAAACCGACCAAUGGUUCUGUUUUGUAUUUAAUACUUUGCAACCUAGCUUCGCUCAUUGCGUUUUGCAAUAAAUAACAACGAAGCAACAGUAAAAAAAAAUACACAAUGCGCAAGAUGAAUCAGUCAGAACAGUCCCUCGAGGUGAGACCAAAAUUUCAUUCCACUGAACAAACCGGCAACUCGCUGCCUGAAGCUCGAUAGUAUAAUUUAUGCUUUGAAACGUUUCAAUGAACAUUUGUUGGAAUGGUGGUACAGUUUCCAUCUGUCGUCUGUUCGCAAAAUCUCAAGGGAUCUGGAUAAGGUUGUAAUGAAUUUUCUUAAUCCUUUUGGCCCGUCAGAUCCAUUGCAGGGAAUGCAAUAAAUUGCACCACCACAUGCAAGGAGAAAUAGAAAACGGAAGCCUUCAUUUAGUUAGGGGCAGUGUAAACCGUUGUUUGCUGUCGAGGGCUUAAAUUGUUGAAGAUGAUCGUUUCCCGGGUGUUUAUAUUCAUUUUUAAGCCUAUUUUUCAUAUGGUAAUGGUAAGCACGAAAGAGCGCUUGUUAAUAGAAUUAAUUGGUUUGUGGUUAAUAACCCGUCGAAAUGUUUUUCUUUUUGCACUAUCUAACGUAUGUUAUCAAAAAAAUGCUGUAGGUUUCUACUAUCCCCACAUGCUAUCUUUAUAAUAGAUUUCCUACAAAAUUCAAUAAAACAAGUUGUUACCUACUGCAACCAAACCAGACACACUCAUGAACUACAUUAUAAUAUAGUAAAACAAAACCACUGAAAUAUGUACCGUUUUACAUUUCAGAAACUUUUAACCAUUGUUUGAGCAAAUUCUUAGUUUGCAAAGUUUUAAGCACUUAAUCCACUACUGAAAUCGUUUUUAGAAAAAUAGAAGCUAAUUUUCAAUCUAGUACCGCAUCCAAACGUUGACCAAUUAUGUGUAAGAGAAAGGAACUGUACGAGUCCCCACCGAGAUAAUCCAUUUGCCAAAAUUAAAACCGCAGAACCAUCUUCACGAUACAACAAACACAGCGAUAGGGUGGGGACGAUCAUCACCCUUGCCCCCUCCCUAUCGAAUAGUUUCCGAUAGCAUCACCGACUCACAUCACCAAAACCAUUGCCACGCAUACGCGCGCGAUCAAUCGCGAGGCGAAACCUUGUUCACGUGCGCCCAAUACGCAGCAUUAGUUGCGCCGGAGAGCUGAUAGCAAACGGACGCGUUUCUGCCACUGCUCGGCCACUGUUUUGGUCAAGCCGUUUCUUUCCCGCAACGUCGCGCGCGCCAAAUUGAAACGUGUUAGUCCAAAAGCCAAUCAUCAUACGUGUAAGUUUUUUUCCCGACUAGUAGUGUUUUCUGGUCCGACGACAGGCCUAGGAACGCUUCGGAUUGUGUAAGAUCUAAGCGCUGUUCGGUUUCGAUGCUUUCCGUGUGACGUAAGGACCGGGAAAAGCGGGUACCACCGGCUUCUUGCUCUAUCGCUUACAUUCCGGGACCGGUUCUGGUUUGUUCUUGUCCAUUUUCGGCAGCUUCUUGUUUGCGUGCAUGUGUUUUUUCCUAGUUGUGUGCUUGUGUCGUGUAAUGUGUUUUUUGUCCGUCUAUCUGCCCGUUGAAGUCACCGUUGCUAAUGCAUCUAGUGAUCGGUUAUCCAAGCUCCAUUUCAAGUGCAAAAGAGUAAAGUGAAGUGAAGUAAGGAAAUCAGUAUCCAAACGGCUCAGUUCGAGAUUUCAAGGGACUCGGGAGUGAUGUGGGAUUCAGUCUAGCACUGCACCAGAUUGCAAUCGAAUGCGCUUUAUCCAAACGAACCAUUAGUAAACGACCGUACGUGAAAAGACUUAUUACCAUUUGCUUAAUAUCGCGACCAGAGGAGUUUUUGUGCAUAUUGUGUUCCGCGUUCGUGAUGUUUCACGAUUGUGUAUCUGUGUCGAGCGUGUGUAUGACCAUUGAAGAGUGUAAUCAACCUGUUUCUACCAUUUGCAAUUAGGUUUUUGGUCUUCAGAGUCUUAGCACCAGAGACUUAGCCGUGAAUGGAAUUCUGUACAUGUUGGAUUACCAACAAAUAAAAAAGGCAAACGAGUGGGUUGGUUAUCAUGCAACCGGAAUCUUGAGCUUACACGAUCCACCAGGCGGGAAGCCAGUACAAUUUUAUGGCUUAUUAGUUGCGGGCCACCUAAAGAACGGUCACGACCGGUCAGUAGUAGUUGUAACGUGCUGGUUUUUUUUAGAAAGGAAAAUUGUCUUUUUGCAUCUCGUUUCCCAUGCUGAAAUGUUAAAAAAAGUAUACGGUCCGACACAGCAGAGUUGCUGAUGAUGUAAUGAUACAAUGAAGAAUAUAGUUUUCGUUACGAAUGCACGGAGAUAAGUGAUUCCACCUUGCUUAUAGCUAGUUUGUGAAAACGAUUCUAAGCCUGAACGGGAAUAAGUACAAAAUAAAAUGUUACACAAAUUUCUAUACUUAUAUAUAACGUUGUUUCAGCAAGAGCAAAUACAUUAUUGGACGGAAAGCAUGAUUUUGCUGAUACACGGUUUUUGCUUAAAUUAUAGCAGAAUAUUUUUUUUUGCUCGGUUAGAACGGCCUGGCCGUAUCAAGACUUAUUUUACCACGUAGCAGGAUAGUCAGUCCGUGCUAGGGGGGACUGUCCGGAUGAGAUUUAAACCCGGUCCUGCCGUGUGGACGGGCGCCGUUUUUCACAUGCACCACCGGGCCGCCCUAAUUUUGAAUAUAUGAAUGACAAAAUUUGAUAAUGAAAAAAAUAUUUGCGAGCAUCGCUACCAAUAGUCAAGGCUUAAGCUGAAGGUUAACAUCUCAGCACGAAAUACAUUUUAUCUCAUUGGCAUUGGAUUAUUGACUUUGGCACAAAUUUUUUAUAAUAAACCGGUUGGUGUUGAACUUCAUUUCGAUGUUUGUUUAUUCAUAAAGUUGGUUUAGCAAUAGCAUAAAUAUUAUAUUAAUAGCCGCCCGUGAAGCAAAAAAAUGAUCGACAUAUUUACAUAAUCACACAUAGAGAUAAAUCUCUCUGCUCUAUUCUGGGCAAAAAGUCAUGGCUCUAGACAUCUUCUAUUUCUUAGUGUAGCGAGCUACUAGGGCAUGUCUACUAUAACUGAAAAGUCAGGCGUUGCUACAGAGGCAGGAUCUGGAAGCUUGUUAGUCUUAUUCUAAAGUUAACAAAUCGAAUAUCUUGAUUUUAGUUAAGAAAUAGUAUACCUACCAGCGAAUCGAAACAAAAAAAAACAAGUAUUCUGAUAUGACCAAACGGUUCAACAGAUUCUAGAAAACCACUUAUGCUAGCCUUAAAAGCCACAUAACUGUUCUUGUACGGUUUUUGCUUAAAUUAUAACAGAAUAAUUUUGAAUAUAUGAAUGACAAAAUUUGUUAAAGAAAAAAAUAUUUGCCAGCAUCGCUACCAACAGUCAAGGCUAAAGCUGUAGGUCAACAACUCAUCUCGAAAUACAUUUUGUCUCUGUUACCAAAUUAUUGACAUUAGCACAAAUUUUUUAUAGUAAACCGGUUGGUGUUGAACUUCAUUUCGAUGUUUGUUUAUUCAUAAAGUUGGUUUAGCAAUAGCAUAAAUAUUAUAUUAAUAGACACCGUUUGAAGCAAAAAAAAUGAUCGAUAUAUUUACAUAAUCACACAUAGAGAUAAAUCUCUCUGCUCUAUUCUGGGCAAAAAGUCAUGGCUCUAGACAUCUUCUUUUUCUUGGUGUAGCGAGCUACUAGGGCAUGCCUACUAUAACUGAAGAGUCAGGCGUUGCUACAGAGGCACGAUCUGGAUGCUUGUUAGUCUUAUUCUAAACUUAACAAAUCGAAUAUCUUGAUUUUAGUUAAGAAAUGUUAUACCUACCAGUGAAUCGAAACAAAAAAAAACAAGUAUUCUGAUAUGACCAAACGGUUCAACAGAUUCUAGAAAACCACUUAUGCAAGCCCUAAAAGCCACAUAACUGUUCUUGCUCGUUAGAGUUCCACUAGCACCCAGUAUAUCACAACCUAUAACUUCAUUAUGCAAGCAAAACCGAACCACUUCAUUCACUUCUCUUAACCAUAAACACCGCAACAAAUCUAACCACCGUAAAUUAUGCAGAACACAGCAAUGUCGUACUACGUGCCUGAUGCUCGGUUCAUGGUAACUUAAUUCGAUACGCACCUUUUACCGCCGCAAAAACGAUGGUAACCUCAAAACAACACUUCAUUUUCGAAUCGAGUUUGAUCACUACCCUCCCCUCUUUCUCGUCCAAAGCCCCGAAGUCAACACCAAAUGCUCCCAUUUGCUUUCGAUCAUAUCAACCCAUCAUUAUCGAUCACCCAUCUUCUGAGGCAUGGUCGGUGCAAUUGGUAGCAAAAGGACUGGCACAAAAAACAUACCCUAGCAGCACAAAAUAAGCAAACUAUUAUGUGUGCAGGGUUGUUACUGGCCAAUGUUAAGAAGGUUCGCCGCCACCGGUGUUGUUUUGUUUUGUGCCUUUCUGUUGUGUUUAUGAAUCAAAACAUAAAUUUGGUCGCUCAUUGGUGUUCAAGUACGAAAUCGGGGCAGAUGAGGUUGUGAUCGACAACAAUUUGAUUAUGCAAACAGUCAGCAUGUUAAUCAGACAGUGAAGAUCAUCUAAAUUCUCCAGCUAAGAUACAGAAUGCAGUAAAAUAGUUAUCAAUACAAUAUCGAGUUUUGGAAUUUUAAAUUUAAGUUUUUGGUGUAAUUAAGUUACGUUAAAUAAGUUUAGUACCGGUUAUUAUUUUUAACAUUAAAUGUACCGAACAAAAUAACAUUUUUAUAUAAAUUUUCAAACUCAUUUAAUCUAUUAUCAAAACAACUCAACUACCCCAAAACACAUUUUAACACCUUUACGAAUUGCGGUAAUACUCAUGAUAUUCAUAUACAGCCAAAGCAGUGUUGAUGCACGACUGAAUAUGAAUUGUUUUUUUUUUUUACUAAAACCACCACGAUAUCUUGAUCAUGGGCUUGGCGAUAGUUUUGACACUUUCUAAUGUUUCAAAUCAAAAUAAUGUAGCAGCAGAAACCAAUGAUAUACAGUUCCGUGGCUCUUUCCCAGUUUCUUUAAUGCGAUGGAAGUUCAGUACAAACGCUCAUCCAUAUUAAUACCUCAUCAACGCGAAAAACUGCUGGGUGCAUCAUUUUGAUAUGAUUUUGUUUGUUUGUUUUCUCUGGCUUCUGCUUAGGAUUUCAGCUGAAAAGAUAAAAUACACCCUUACGGUAACCACUAAUCAUAAACAGCUUGUGAUUAGCUUUUGAACACAUUCUCAGUUUUUUUGUUUAAUUGAUAGCUCGUAAGCAGCCACAUCAACCGUAGGAUGUGAAACACAAAGGUGAUUUUCGGGAGUGAAACGCAACGAAACAUCCAAACGAUUGAAUAAGUCAUGUAGCUGUACCAAAUUUCGAUGGAUGCAUCUAAGAAAUAAUACGAUUCAUGUGCUUGUUGCCGAGUCUUCGUUAGGAUUUUCACUCAUUUUGUACCAUUUCUAUGGCGAUGUGAUUUUUUUCCUAAAUUUACCGUGUCCGGUACCGGUGAAUGAAAACGAAAUUGUGAAGUGAUUAGAUGUGUAGCAAACCUUUCGAGUUCUUUUUCCGCAUCUAUGUGAAUCGUUCGUAGUGCAUUUAAAACAAUACAUCGACGGUUCCACGUUUAGCGGACUCCGACUCCCUGCCUUCAACAUAAAUCAAAAAGUGAAGUUCGUCGCUUAUCGAUACUAACAACCAGCUCCACCCGUUCACAAUGCAACUACUAGGCCAAACGUCAUCGCUAAGCGUUUUUCUAGUACUGCUGCUGCUGCUAUGCCACGAAAACAAAUUCCACCGGUGGAAGGUGAAUGCAGCCAUCAGUGCCUUCCAGCCGACCAUCUUCGACAAUGCUCAAUGGCGCGUCAUCUUUCACCUCUAUCGCAAUGUCACGAUGACGAUGGCCGGCCGUACCGGCUACAAAACGACCGGCAAGUUUCUUCAAAAGAAAAUUCCGGACAGUGUACCGUUCCCCUGUGACAUUGCGGUUGGCCGUAGUCCGGAACCACCGACCAGCGUGCACAAGCUGCGUCCCGGUGACAUAAACGUGGUGGCAGCCAUCGGUGAUUCCGUCGUAACAGCUAGCGGUGCAUCGGCAACCAGCUUCUUGCAACUGUACACCGAAAACCGCGGUCUAUCAUGGUGCAUCGGUGGCCAAUGGGGUUGGCGCAAUGCUACCACGCUACCGAACAUACUGAAAAUGUUCAACCCGAAGCUCGUAGGAUAUUCCUACCGCGAUUCGUACAGCUUUCACUGGGACUCACAGUUCAAUAAUGCGGAGAUUGGAGCAAUUUCAAAGGAACUACCCCAUAUGGCCGCCCAGAUGGUGACGCGCAUCAGGACGGAUGGGCGUGUAAAUUUUAAAAAGGACUGGAAGCUACUCACGAUAACUAUCGGUGGUAAUGACAUCUGUUCAUACGUGUGCACACUUAAAGAUCCCGAAUCAUUACCAAUACAGCAUCGAAGAUACCUGCUAAAAAUGCUACGAUACCUACGUGAUAAUUUACCCAGGACGCUAGUGAACAUCGUAUCCGUUCCAGACGUGUCGACAGUGGUAUCGAUCAAGAAGAAACCGACGAUAUGUUGGAUUUUGCACCAUGCUGAGUGUCCAUGCUGGGUUGGUCCUUUAUACAAUUCUACCAAAGAAUCCAGAGCGAGAUGGGCUCGAAUACAAAUGCAGUACCGAAAGGUGGAGGAAGAAGUCGCCAUGCUGGAUGAGUUCCGGGGACUCGAUGAGUUUGCCGUCGUACACCAACCAUGGACGAGAAACCUUUCGCUCAUGAAAGGAAAUGAGGUGGACUAUUCACUUCUCUCGUACGACUGUUUUCAUAUGAGUCAAAAAGGCCAUGCACAAGCGGCCGUUGCGUACUGGAACAAUCUACUGGAGCCACCGGGCAAGAAAAGUACAGGCUGGAAGCCAGGCAUUGACGUCUUUCGCUGCCCUUCGAAGGAAUCCCCUUACAUAUACACCUACGACAAUAGCUAGUCACUAUUAAGCAGGCUAUACCAACAAAUGUCCUAUACUACAUCAAACACACAUACACAUUUCGGGGAAAACACACGCUGGGGAAAGCACAAGGGGUUGUUUAACAUUAAAUAAAAGUCCGGUUCCGAUAUCCAAUUGAUCAACGUAUUUUUGUUGCCCCGUGUCACGGAACGAGGUCACCAUGAACCAACAUCCGUAACUACCCACGUUACGGGCCCUUUCGUUAUAUUUGACAUUCUUAUGCGUCUACUCAUUCCAUAUUAGACUCUUCAGCGAACGUCGUGGUUCGAAUUUGUGAAUGAAAUCGAUUUGAUCGCCAACGCGUUGAAGGGUGUUGGUUCGUAGUUUGUCCAUACUUGGAUGAAAGCAAGCUGCUUCUGUUAAUGGUGAAGACUCUCUUUGGUGAAAGCUGUUUUUUGUCACCCGUUUUACAGCAAACGUCUCCACGAUGGAAAAACGCUUUUCCAAACAUGGAUAAACAAGACUACUAAACGAUGAGAUAAUACUUCUCACGUUUGAAAUUGCUCCAUUUCAUUCAUAAAACUGGCCCAGCUGGUGGUUUCACACAAACACACGCGUGUCCCACUGGUAAGUGUACAACGAUGUCUUAUUUUACAAGAGUUGCAAAGGCUCAAUCACCCGCUCCAGAUGAUGCCCCCUAGCGAUGUUUAGUUUUUAUAUCAUCCCUGUUUUCGGUGAGUCUUGUGCUUACGGUAUAUACCGCGUUUAUUUGGAUUCGACAAUUCAAGCCCCAGCCCAAAAAUUCCGUCGGCUGCUCCCCGGACCGUGUGAUGAUUAUGUCGACGCACGCUACUUUAUUUGUUUCAUUCGUGUAGCUAGUUUAUCUUUCUCGUUGCCCGACGGCCUAGUUUGUGUUCGGGUGUCUUUAUGUCCCGGUGGCCGCAAGCUCACGAAGAACGCGUGAAUCACAGCUUUUUUGAAGUUUUUUUGGUCUAGUGUUUUUAUUGGCAAUUUGCACACUCAUAACGAUCGACCGUUUUAAAGUAAUUAAGACUAACGUUAUCGAAUUAAUGCAAGCACAUUGAGCACGGACGGAUUCGAAUAGAUCAACCAUCAUAGAAAAGAAACUCGUUUGCUAAUUACUGGUGAACUUGAAUGGUGAGAGUACGAAUUAGAGACAGUCCGUGCUAUUGUUGUUUGGCUGAUUAUUAGAUAUUUUUCCUACUCCUACAGAAAUUUGUCCUUAAAAUGAGGAAGUAUUCAAAAGAUACGGUCCCAUACGGUCUGCACAUUCGUGCAAAUGUGUGACAAGUGAUAUUACUACCCUGCACGGCACGAACAACAGCAAAUAUAAAACCAUCAUUGCACACUCCAAAUCCAGAAGCCUAUCGUAUAUGGCGAUCAGGUGUGCAAACUCGAUCUAACCCGAUUUCACAGCAGAAAAGAAGUAUAUCGAUCAUCGAUUUUUUUUUAUUGUGCCACAAACAUUAAAUAAUCGCUCCCGUUGCAACGAUGUUGCAAUAACGGCGUUCAAACAGCACGCGGCUAACAGUGUUUUGGGACGCAACUUCACAACCAUACCAUACCUAUGCUGGUGCUGUGUACACGCGAUGCUUGUGGUUAGGUUUUUCAUUUUAUUAACCGCAAUCGUCAAUCAACAAUUAAUUUAGGACACGACGGUGAUACUUGUGCGUCCGUAGUGCAAUGAUCCGAGACAAAAUUGUUCCAUUGUAUUGGUAAUGUAUGUUGUUUAUGGGUAAACAAUAGCCCAUGUACAAAUUCAGUAAGUCAAAUAUUCAAUAAAUUUUGACUACACUAUUUGCUUAGCAGAUAUUUCAAUGUUAUAGGCUCGAUUAGUAUCAAACACUUACUUUCAUUUUCAUUAUUUUCCCUUCGUCCAAUAACGUAUUUGAUAUACGAGCUGGUCAAGUUGAAAUGCAAACUAAACCCGUGUGUUCACACAAGUACUGGUUCUGAGUCAUAAACCGAUACUGGAUCGGAUUCCUUUAAGGUGGCAACAGUUGAGCUGCAGGGGUGCUCAAAACUUUUAAAUAUAAGAGACAAAUAUAAAACCUUCUCCGAGCAUCCUACUUACUAAUUUCUAAAUGCUGAUAACACUGAUUUUUUAACAAACAGAUUUUCCGCUCUUUAAUUUCCGUUCUGUUUUAGAUGCCCCUUGUUCGAGUACGAAGCAUGCAAACCGGUACACAUUCACACGAGCUAACGCACCGUGCAGACUUUGCCUCGUUUCCUCGAGACACUCAUACACUAAUCCAAUCGUCGUACUAUGAACCAUUCACGAUACAAGAGCUCCUUCACGCGUUAAAGAAAUGCUCUGGAAAAUCCGCAGGCC